UAAUUGAAACAAUAAAUGGCAAACAAAAUCACAGAGAAGGGAAUAAAUUAGAGAUUGGAAAAAGAACAUAAGAAUAAUUGGUUGAAGCUAUAAAGAAUAAUGAGAUCGAUUUACACCAGAUGAGCUGCAUUAUUAAUAGGAGGAGGCGGUCAAGCACGAGGCUCAGACAAAUUAUUGGUGGCGAAGGCAGGAAAAGAUUGGAUCUUGCUCUUCUAUUUUCCAAAUCUGGCUCAAUUUGAAGCGAGCCCUUGCAUGGUGUUCUCACAGCAUACAUUGCUUCGAAAAGCUCAAGCAGAUUGAAGAAGGCACAUACGGCUCAAGGCCGUUACCAGACUCUAUACGUCACCAGCUUCAUCCACAACUACCGACAGGAGCUCGCUAGAUACCCUGCUUUGACUACAGGUUCUUACUGACACCAGUGUUCCAAAAAACAUACUGAAGGAACGGGCAAAGGCAUUAAAGAAACUGGGAACGGUCUUCCAGGUACACAACAAGUACAACCAAUAUACAAUAUUAGUAGGAUUCAUGCUUGAGGAAAUACUCUUUGAACACAUAUCUUUGGCUAUAGCAAGUGCAUAGCAAUAUACAACACUGUUGCUCCACCAAUAGUUCCGAUUCUAUCUGGCCACAGAGGUGCAGUUUUUUUUGCAUCCGUCUGGGAACAAACAUGGCUAAGCCAACAUGAUGGGACCUACGAAACGGGUGAACCAGAAAGUGGGUGGGAUGUGAUUUGCCUAACAAGAAUAUUGGUGCGCCCUAGAUUCGAGAUUCCAAUCCACCGGUAGAUGUUCUCUCCAAUAAGUGUGGGCACAGAGGGAAUUGCAUAUAAUGUGCUUUUGAAAUCUUUUGGGGGAAUCCUGUUUGCUGCAAGUUAUUCCCCUGCUUCAUCCAUCUCUGGUUGGCGUAAUGGGAAAUUUACAUUAAGGCGUUUGGAUUCCUUCACUGUUUCCUCGUUAUUGUGAGUGUGAAGUGGUGGGCUUUCUUUGGCAACGUGAAUUUUGUGCAUACUAGUUCCAACUUAUGGCUCAACCUAGCAGUAAAGUCAAUGGAGUCGAUAAUACAUUUCGAAGGAAAUGGGACCGAGAUGAGUACCUUGAGCGUGCACGCAAACGAGAAGAGGAGGAAGAUGGAAAUUUCAAAGCUAAAGCCAAAGUUCCUGCUGUGCAAAGAAAACCGUUGAAGCAUAGAGAUUAUGAAGUUGAUCUAGUUUCUCGCUUAGGUAAAACACAGGUUGUCACUCCAGUUGCCCCUUUAAGCCAGCAGGCUGGAUAUUACUGCAGUGUUUGUGAAUGCGUAGUGAAAGAUUCAGCAAACUAUUUGGACCACAUAAAUGGGAAAAAGCAUCAAAGGGCAUUGGGUAUGUCGAUGCGAGUUGAAAGGGCAUCUUUGGAACAGGUCCAACAACGGUUUGAAUCUCUGAAGAAAAGGAAGGUUGUUAGCAGCUUUACUGAACAAGAUUUGGAUGAUAGGAUACUGAAACAGCAGCAAGAGGAGGAAGAAAGAAAACGACAGAGGAGGGAGAGGAAAAAGGAAAAGAAGAAAGAAAAAGCCUUAGAGGAAGAUCUUGAUGACUGUGAUCAGGAUGUGGCAGCAAUGAUGGGCUUUGGGGGAUUUGGGUCAUCAAAAAAAUAAACUAAAUCUUUUUCAUCAUCGAUAUAAAAAUGAUUUUUAAGGACACUAGGGUAACACUCAUUACAUAUCAGUGAUGUAUUAUUGAGGAAAAAUAUCAAGGCAUGAUGUAGAAGCAGAUUAAUUGCACAUUUAAUUCCUGUAUACAACUUGCUUAUGCAAUUUGAUGAGAGUUGUAUUAGCUAUUAGAAAUUAACAAAUAUUACAAACUGGCUUAGAACGAUUACUGUAAUUUUAACUCAAAUGUUUGUCUUUUCAUAUAUGGCACCAUGUUGUGAUUUGACAUGUUUCUCUUUA